AUGCCAUGCAGAGUCGCCAUUAGUUUAUUCUUGUGGCUGCCGAGGAGCUGGAUUAACGAUGUGUUUCCACUAAGUUUACAUCGUCUUGCCUACGUUAGCUCCAAAGCUUCCUCUGGCUUGCCAUCGCCAUCGCCAUCACCUUCCUCCCCUUCCACAGCAGUGUCACUGAAGCGUGUUGUGAUCAAGGAAUUGAAAGUGUCGGACGAUGAAUCUGGAAUGCGUUUGGAUCGAUUUCUCAAAUACCGCUUCGGAAGAAAUGGUGAUGAUGGGUCUAUCGAGGUGCCACAUAGUCUGAUUUACAAGUGGCUCCGGAAGAGACAGAUCAGGCUAUUGGAAUAUCAAGAGGGUUUUAAUAAUGUUUCCAUCAAAACAAAAGCCAUUACUUCUGUCAAGACAAGAACGGAGACAGGGCAAAUAUGGCUCAUUAGAGCUGCUUUGAAUGAUUUUACUCCAAAGUCUGCUUCAGAACCAGCUGACAUCGAUCCUUCUCAUUCAGCUGUCAAUAAACAAACAAGACAGAGACCAUUGGACGCUUUACCGCUUCGAGCCUGGAUAGUAUAUAUGGACGAACGAAUCAUUGUUUUAAAUAAACCUGCAGGCAUUGCUGUACAAGGAGGGACAGGGGUAGCAAGUUCUAUUGACAGCUCCCUUUCAGUCCUUCAAUAUGACUUCUCUGAGAAGCCACGACUUGUUCACAGGCUAGACAAGACAACUUCAGGACUCUUAGUUCUAGCCAGAACACGAAGAGUGGCACAGGAUCUGGCUAAACGCUUUCAUGAAGGAAGCGCAAGGCUCGAAGCUGCUAGCGGUCAAGGCACCACGUGGAAUAUCCGGAAAAAGUAUUUGGCCAUCAUUGAGUCUCGCCAGCCGCUGACGUUAUCAAGCCUAGAAUCAAUGGGUGCCUGGCGCGGCACAAACGGUCUGAUGACCAUGGGAGGUGACAUGGUCCUAAUCGAGCAGGGAAACAACCAAACUAUUCAUAUGCGCUCAAGCAUCGACGACCAAGGCGAUAUCAAACCAAGGAUUACAGCCACUUGGCCGUCAAAAACUGACUUUCGGAUAUUAGAUCAACGCUCCUGCGGGGUGGAGCAGAAUCUACACUGGGCUCUGCUUGAGCUAUAUCCACAGACAGGCCGUAAGCACCAGCUCCGCAUCCAUUGUGCAGAGCUGAUGCGGGCCCCCAUACUCGGAGACCGCAAGUAUACUUUGACCAUAGGUCGGACAGAGAGUAAAUCGCCAUUACGAAUUUACUUACAUUUAGAGGAGAUCACCCUCAAGGUAGAUACUGCCUCAGAUGAGUAG